UCCUUCAGGUACAGGAUAUAUAUAUAUAUAUCUAGAUAUAUUGCAUUACAAACAGUAUAAAUGGGACCACUAGCUUCUCCUUCCUGACACUGCCUGGAAGAAGAGAGGUGGACCUGGAGCAAUGACCCUGUCCUCACUGGUCCUGGCCCUGAUGCUUCUGGUGCCUUCCCUGGUCAUGGGUGGCAUGGAACUGUGCUCUGGAAGUCCCGGUAUCCCAGGAACCCAUGGUGCUCCAGGUCUGCCUGGCAGAGAUGGUCGGGAUGGUGUCAAAGGAGACCCUGGGCCACCAGGCCCCAUGGGACCCCCUGGAGGUAUACCUGGACUCCCUGGAAGGGAUGGACUGACUGGGGCUCCUGGAAGAGUGGGCGAACGAGGGGAAAAGGGUGAAAAGGGUGAGACAGGACCUCCAGGGCUGCCUGCUUAUUUAGAUGAAGAGUUACAGUCUGUACUUCAGGACUUCAGACAGCGCAUCCUGCAGUCAAUGGGAGUUCUCAACUUGCAAAGCACCAUGUUGCAGGUGGGAGAGAAGGUCUUUUCUACAAAUGGUCAGUCAGUGAAUUUCCAGGCGAUCAGUGAGACAUGUGCCAAGGCAGGUGGUACUGUUGCCACCCCAAGAAAUGCAGAGGAGAACUCCGCUAUCAUGAGUCUUGUGAAGAAGUACAACUCAUAUGCCUACCUAGGCCUGGCAGAAGGGAAGACACCUGGGAAAUUCUACUACCUCAAUGGAAGCCCAGUGAACUAUACCAACUGGUACUCAAGUGAGCCUGCAGGUAAAGGGCAGGAGCCUUGUGUGGAGAUGUACAAAGAUGGCACCUGGAAUGACAAGAGCUGUCUGCAGUACCGCCUCACUGUCUGUGAGUUCUGAGCCCCUGAUCAUGGCCUGAUUCACCAGGACAAAGGGGGCCUUGACCUCAUUGACCUUGACCUCUCCUAUCUCCCUUCUGGUCACUUGUCUGACUCUUCUAGGAAACUCUUUUUUAUGUCCCAUUCUUUGCUUUGGACUAAUUAUGUCUCCCUAAAUUGAUGGCUGCUAAGUUGUCUCUCCCAAACAUAGACAAUAGAACAAGGGAUAACUUGGAACCAGAGGACCAAUCUAGGCUGUGUUCUAACUUACUUUGCCCUCUAGUAAAUCACUUAACCCUAGUCUUGAUGCCUUAAUUUUCUAAUCUGUAUAGUAGGGAUUAGAUAGAUAGAUAGAUACAUAGAGACAUAUAUGAUAGAGAAAGAUAUGAAAGAGAGAGAUAGAUAUAGAGAUGCUUGCAUCUGUGAUUCAUCAGUGUAAGGAUUUCCUGAAACAAAACUACUUUCCCCCAAAGAGGUGGAAAUUAAUUUCUAAGUUACCUAAAGUACAACUCAUUUGUAACUUACAGCCUUAGAGAGUUAUUGAGGGUACUGAGAAGUUUAGUGAUUUGUCCACAGUCCCUCAGCUUUUUCAGAAGCAAACUUAAUUAAGAAUCUUCUGGGCUGCAAGGCUCUAUUCAUUCUGCACACAGUCUCUCAGGUAUGAUACUAACAUCAUAUAUUUUUAUAAGACUUAAUUUUUUCAAAGUGUUUUCACAUUAUGGACUGAUGCAAGUCUCCUGUGACAUAAUGUGUUCACUUCCCAAUAAGAAGCCUGGGUGGAGAAGAUGAUAAUCAUUCUGCAGCCACAAGACAAGAUAAAGCCACUGUUGAGUCCUCUUCCAGGAAUACAUUUCUCUUGCCACUUUCUUCCACUUACUCAAAUCCUACCUGUCCUUCAUGGCCCACCUUGAUUCCCACUAUUCUCAUAAAAGCCUUCCCAACCGUAAUCUCACAGUGAUCUCCCCUUUCUCUGCACUCCUGAAGCACAUAUGACUCUGUACCCCUCAAAUUCAUCCUCAUUGUCUGGUAAUGUUAAUAAAUGCUUCCAGUAUGUAUGUCUGAAA